AUGCCGGAAGCUAUCCCCCGAAGAGGUCUUCGCAUCUCCAUCGACCGUGGUGGUACCUUUACCGACUGUGUCUGUAAGGUACCAGAUGGCAAGGAUAUUGUUAUCAAAAUUCUCUCCGUCGACCCGUCGAAUUAUGAUGAUGCGCCGACGGAAGCCAUCAGAAGAGUGCUCGAAAUCUACACCGGAACCAAGAUUUCUCGAAAAGGGGCUGUAGAUCUUAGUCCGAUCGAGUGGGUGCGAAUGGGUACAACUGUCGCCACUAAUGCUUUGCUAGAGAGAAAGGGCGAGAAGACGGCACUAUUGAUCACCAAAGGAUUUAAAGACCUCUUGACCAUCGGUAAUCAAUCUCGCCCUUCUAUGUUCAGUCUUGCCAUAGAUCGUCCUAGCUCCCUCUUCUGCUGCGUUGAAGAAAUAUCUGAGCGUGUCGUUGUAGAUUCGUGCCCAGAGUCUCACCUUGGAGGCAAGAAGUUCGAGAGUCCUCGCUCACUCAAGACUGUCAGCACUGCUUCUGGCGAGAGCGUAGAUAUCAUCUCACCUCUUGACAUUGACGAAGUAGAGAAGAGCUUGAAGAGGAUCAAAUCUGCUGGGAUCUCAUCCUUGGCCAUCUGCCUCAUGCACUCUUACAUCUUCCCCGAUCACGAGCUGAAGAUCCGAGAGAUCGCUGAGCGACUUGGUUUCGACAAGGUGUGCCUUUCGAGUUCAGUCUCAUCCAGAUCGAAAAUUGUUCCAAGAGGCAAUUCCACUGUCAUCGAUGCAUAUCUAACGCCUGUCAUCAACCGCUAUCUUUCACAAUUCUCUGCCAGCUUCCCCGAAUUAGAAGAGAGUGGCGUGCGUUUGGAUUUCAUGCAAUCUGACGGCGGUCUAGUACCGAGCACAAGGCUCUCUGGGCUCAAAGCGAUUCUCUCUGGACCCGCUGGUGGAGUCGUUGGCUAUGCCAAAACCUGCUACGAUCCAGAAGAUGGCAAAGCGACGGUGGGAUUCGAUAUGGGAGGCACCUCAACCGAUGUCAGUCGAUACUCUGGCCAGUUCGAACAUCUGUUUGAAUCCAACACUGCAGGUAUUCUGGUUCAAGCGCCUCAACUUGACAUUGAUACCAUUGCAGCUGGAGGCGGGAGUAUUCUCGCAUGGAAGGAUGGUCUGUUCACUGUUGGUCCAGAGAGUGCUUCUUCGCAUCCUGGACCUGCGUGUUACAGGAAGGGCGGCCCAUUGACUGUCACUGAUGCCAAUCUGGCACUUGGAAGACUGGUUCCUGAUCAAUUUCCUUCUAUAUUCGGGCCCAAUGAAAACGAACCGCUUGAUGCUUAUAUAGUCGAAGAAAGGUUCAUAAUGUUGAGCAAAAUCAUCAACGAGGAAUCUGGACAGUCUUUGACAUGGAGAGAGGUGGCAGCUGGGUUCAUCGAAGUUGCCAACAACGCCAUGUCUGGGCCGAUCCGCACGUUGACGGAAGCAAGAGGCUAUGACACUACAGCUCACAAUCUUGCCUCCUUCGGUGGUGCUGGGGGCCAGCAUGCCUGCGAGAUUGCCAGGAUUCUUGGCAUCAAGCGUGUGUUGAUUCACAAGUAUUCUUCGGUCUUGUCAGCCCACGGUAUAGGACUUGCAGACAUCGUGGAAGACGGUGAAGAGGCUUACCUCAGGCGCUAUGAUGCACAAUCUGUGCAUUCUCUCGAAGAGGAUUUAGCACGUCUGGCAACAAAAACUGAAGACGCUAUCAUCUCAGACGGCUUCUACGGGCCGAUCGAGUCCACCAAUUAUCUGAGCAUGAGAUACGACGGCAGUGACACCGUGAUCGUUGUCCCUGUCGAGUCUGGGAAAGACACUUUGAAGACCUUCGUUGAUACUCAUCAGCAAGAAUUUGGUUACACACCUGAGCGCGACGUUUUCAUCGACCAGAUCCGUGUUCGUUCCGUAGGGAAGAGCAAUACCGAGUCCGGGGGCUCCUGGCCCAGGGAGCUAGCCUCAUACAGUAAAUUGGACACCACCAAUGAGCCAGCCCUUUGGCGAUCUGUCUUCUUCCCCUCCCGUGGCUAUAUUGAGGUCCCCAUAUACAAGCUCGGCACACUUACCGUUGGGUCGCGAGUGAGCGGUCCUUGCCUGAUCGUUGAUGAGACUCAGACGGUCGUUGUCAUACCAGGUGCAGUAGCAUCAAUUUUGAAAAGUCUCAUCGUGAUUGACUUACCCGAACCCGAACGAAAAAACGUCAGUAGCUCAGUCAUCGAUCCUGUACAACUGUCUGUCUUCAAACAUCGUUUCUUCGGCGUUGCUGAGCAGAUGGGUCGAACGUUGCAGAAAGUCAGCAUCAGCGCGAACAUCAAAGAACGACUGGAUUUCAGCUGCGCGAUCUUCACAGCAGAAGGCGAUCUCGUGGCAAAUGCGCCUCACGUUCCGGCAAUGAUUGGCAGCAUGGCCUUUGCUGUCAAAUCACAAGUCAAACAUUGGAGAGGAAGACUGAGUGAUGGUGAUGUCUUGUUGUCUAACUCACCUGUAUUCGGAGGUGUACAUCUACCAGACAUGACAAUCAUUACUCCAGUAUUCGACUCUGGUGGUAGCGAGAUCAUCUUCUGGGCUGCUUCCCGAGGACACCACGCAGAUGUCGGCGGUAUUGCACCAGGCUCAAUGCCACCUUCAUCUACGGAGCUCUGGGAAGAAGGAGCUGUUUUUUCUUCCUUCAGAUUGAUUCACCAAGGCAGGUUAGAUGAAGAAGGUCUUCGUAAGAUCUUACUUGAUGACCCGGCUAUGAACCCUGGCUGUAGCGGAAGUCGAUGCUACAAAGACAAUGUUGCAGAUCUCAAAGCCCAAGUUGCCGCGAAUCACUGUGGCAUUCGACUCAUCCGUCAAAUGAUUUCGGAGUAUACAACAGAAGUCGUUCAUAUGUAUAUGACCGCCAUUCAAGAUGCGGCGGAGCUGUCUAUUCGGAACCUCUUCAAGAAGAUCGCUCAAGGCGAAAGUUCAAGAACUGUAUCUGCCACUGAUUACAUGGAUGAUAGCACCGCUGUUGUCCUGAAUGUGAAGAUAAAUGGCAAGAAUGGUUCUGCAAUCUUCGACUUCAGUGGCACUGGAUCGGAAGUACUCGGCAACUGGAACGCUCCCAUCGCAAUCACCACAUCGGCUAUCAUCUAUGCCCUUCGAUGCAUGGUCAACUCUGACAUUCCCUUGAAUCACGGAUGCAUCAAGCCUAUUGAUAUCGUCAUUCCCGAAGGAUCAUUCCUUAACCCCUCUGCUGGAGCUGCCGUCUGUGCGGGUAACGUUCUUACAUCUCAGCGCAUCGUCGAUGUGAUUUUCCGCGCAUUUGAAACAUGUGCAGCUAGUCAAGGCUGCAUGAACAACUUCACUUUUGGUGUUGAUGGCGAAGGAGGCUUCGGGUACUACGAAACCAUCUGUGGUGGAAGUGGCGCCGGACCAACAUGGCAUGGCACAAGCGGCGUGCACACCAAUAUGACCAACACCCGCAUCACCGAUCCGGAAUCGCUCGAACGCCGAUAUCCAGUUAUCCUACGGGAGUUUUCGCUGCGCUCUGGAAGCGGAGGUCGUGGCGAGUUCAAUGGCGGAGAUGGUGUCAUUCGAGACGUCGAGUUUCGAAUUCCCAUGACCGCCUCUAUCCUGUCAGAGAGACGCGCCUUCCGACCCUACGGCUUGAAAGGUGGUGAAGAUGGUGGACGAGGUGUCAACACCUGGAUCCGCUCAGAUGGUAGGCGCAUCAAUGUUGGUGGAAAGGGCUCGGCACAGGUGAAUCCGGGUGAUCGAUUUGUCAUUCAGAGUCCUGGAGGCGGUGCGUACGGCGCCAUCAACGAAGGCCAGAGCACGCUCACGUCGUCGCUGGCUACCAGAAUUAUUGCACCAAUCGCUGGGGGUAGUGUAAAUCUUGCAAGGGCCCUUGGAGAACAAAAUUAG